AUGGUUGACCAAACUGCAGAGCUUCACCUAAAAAUAGGCGGCACAGAAGGAUGCGAAGAAGAAAAGGAUGAUUUUACAUUAGAAAUUGAGAAGCUUCAGGCCACUCUUCAAGAAAUGCUCGAUUGCACGAGCAGCCCGAGCACCUCUCUCGAUUCUACUGAUAAAUCGCCAGCUGGCCUUUCCGCCCGUCGUCUCAUUCGGAUUGCCAGUGAACAUCAUCAUAUAUCAACCACUUCUUCAUGUCAUUCGGAUUCUGGAAACUCUUCUUCUCGCGAUUUUGUGACUCCUUUUACAGUUCAUGGUGGUGCUUCAAUCGGAAGAUUAAUUUUAAUAGAUAUUGUACGUCGAGACGAUUUGAUAGGAAUUGUCAGUCCGAAUGAUAUACUUUUGACUAUAGAAAAUAUAAAAGUGUCUGGAAUGGUCAGAUCAGAAGUAAAUAGGAUAUUGGAAGAUAUGAUGAGAGAACAUGAUCAAAUUGCAAUAGAGAUUCUACCAGCUGGAUCAAUUAGUGAUGACAUAUGCGAACUUCUUGCUGACCGAAAGUCUUCCGGAGAACUUCAGACAAUAAUUCGAGAAAAUCUGUAUCAGAAAACAGUGCCUUAUACGACUCGCCCUCCACGAGAAGGAGAAAUUGAUGGAGAACACUAUCGGUUUGUGUCUGUCGACGAUUUCAAUAAAUUACUUGAUAACGGAGAUCUACUCGAGAAUGGAACAUAUCAGGGUCAUUUGUACGGAACACCACGUCCAGUCGAGUGUUAUGCUGACGACGAUAUGAUGUUGAUGGGAUCAGAAGGAUUGUUGCCACCUAAUUGGGAAACAGCUUACACUGAAAAUGGAGACAAGUAUUUCAUUGAUCACAACACUGGAACAACAACAUGGGAUGAUCCAAGAGAAUUACCACCUGGAUGGGAGCAAGUUGAUGAUCAGAAUUAUGGAACAUUCUAUGUCGAAAUCGAAUCUGCAACUGCUACCCAUUUUCUUUUCACACAACAACUCUGGGGUCAGAUUUCUGAAGAAGUCUUCCCGAAGUCUUCUUCUACUGCUGCUGCUGUUUCUUCUUCUCAUUCUUGCCGUCGUUGUGAAAUCUCGUCUUCGACGUCUUCUCUUCUUCGUCUUCUUGUUGCCACCCACAAUUGGGUUAUCUUCUAA